AUGACAAGCGGGACUUUGUGCAGACGAGAUAGUCCUCAGUCUCGGUCGUCACUUCACAGCAGCAGUAGUGGAGGGAGUACAUCGUUGACUAGUGAGGCUCCAGUAAAUGUGCCUCAAAUGUUUUCUCAGGGAGUUCCGGAAGCCGAGAUUUUAGCUCUAUGGCUCGAUGGCCUUGGCUUUCCCGGAUUUACUUCGCUUUUCCUUACGCAGGGUUACGAUUUGCCAACAAUCGCUCGUAUAACACCUGAGGAUUUAACAGCACUUGGUGUAAAAGAACCAGCUCAGAGACAGUUACUUCAUUCUGAAAUAAGGCAGUGGGGCUUAAACGAUUCUUGGCCAUCGGUUGUUCCAUCUGGGAAUGUAGCAGAGUGGUUGAUGCUUAUUGGGUUGUCAGAGUAUGCUGGUUUAUUUGAGUCACAAGGUUACAAUUCGCUAAAUGAGGUACAAAAAUUAACUUGGGAAGAUUUCUUGGAAAUUGGUAUCAAGAAGCUGGGUCACUUGAAAAGAUUGGAACUUGCGAUUAAAAAAAUGAAGGUUUACCCAAGUCAUCGAUCAUCGUUACCAUCUCAGGCUUUUGAUAGCUGUGAUGGUUGUUUCAAAACGAAAUUUUCUGAGGAUGCUGAUACGUUGUCGUACAUGGGUACCAUGCCAAGAUUAAAUUUGCACUCUCCAUCGAAAAUUCUUUCGGAAGCAACUUUCGCAGACUCUGAUCAUGAUAAAUAUAGUCAAGAAAAUGCGUGCGAUGAUUCAAGUGCAUGCCCUCCUCCUCCUGGUAAGUUAUUUUUAGCGAUAUCUUAG